GGGCGGAGUCCGCGGGGGUUCCGCCCUCGCGGUUCCGGUCCGGAAUCCCCGCGCCCGGUGGCCGAUGGAGCCCUCGGCUUGGCUGGGCGCCGGCCUGGCCCGCGUGGUCUUCUACCCGACGCUGCUGUACACCGUGCUCCGCGGGAAGCUGCGCGGCCCGGGCCACCGCGAGUGGUACCACCGCAUCGACCGCACCGUGCUGCUGGGCGCGCUGCCGCUGCGGGGCUUGACGCGCAAGCUGGUCCAGGACGAGAACGUGCGCGGGGUGAUCACCAUGAACGAGAAGUACGAGACCAGGUUUCUGUGUAACAGCUCCAAGGCGGUGACCCUGGUGCCAGGAGUGGAAGAAAGUGGGCGUCGAGCAGCUGCGGCUCAGCACGGUGGACAUGACAGGGGUCCCCACCUUGGCCAACCUGCACAGAGGAGUCCAGUUCGCGCUGAAGUACGAGGCCCUGGGCCAGUGUGUCUAUGUACACUGCAAGGCCGGCCGCUCCCGGAGCGCCACCAUGGUGGCCGCAUAUCUGAUCCAGGUGCACAACUGGAGCCCGGAGGAGGCCAUCAGAGCCAUUGCCAGCAUCCGGGACCACAUCCACAUCACGCCAGGCCAGUUGACGGUCCUCAGGGAGUUCCACAAGGCCACCCGUCUCCCCACAGGCGGCAAGGGUGACACCUGACAUGUCAGAGACUCGAGGACAGCUCCGCUCCAGAUGGAACAAACAUUUACAGACUCCACAGGGCAGAAAUGUGCUAGGUGGUGGGUCACUUUGCUUCCUUUGCCUGGUUUCAUUAUCUUCAAAUAACACUGCUGCAUGGCUGGAGAAGAAGACUGGUGUGCUUAAAUUUUAUUAAGGUUAAAAAACCCCACUAAUUUCAACAAAAACUUAUUGUGUACCUAA